AUGUCCACUCUCAGUACAGACCACGUGAUGCAUACAAUGACAACCAUUCUGAUUUCUUUAAACCUAUUCCUGGCUUUCUUUCUUUCUUUCUUUCUUUCUUUCUUUCUUUCUUUCAACCUAUUCCUGGCAUUCUUUCUUUCUUUCUUUAUUUCUUUCUUUCAUCUUUCUUUCUUUCUUUCAUUUCCUGGCUUUCUUUCUCUUUUCUUUCUUUCAUCUUAUUCCAUCUUUCUCCCUUUCUUCUUUAUCCCUUUUCUUUUUUCUUUUCUUUCUUUUUCUUUCUUUUCUUUCUUUCUUUCUUUUUUCUUUUUUUUCUUCAAUUUUUUCUUUUUUCUUUUCUUCUUUUUUUUUUCCAAUCAAUAUUUUUAUUUCUUUUUCUCAUUUCUUCUUUUUCCGAUCAAUUUCUUCCUUUUGAUUUUCUUUUCUCCUCCCAAUCUAUAUGUAUCAUUUCUCCAUGACAAUCUCCGCUUCAAUUUAUCCUCCUCCUCCUCCUCCUCCUCCUAUCUCACGGCCUCUCGAUUAAGCGCCGUCAUUUUAAAUGUUUACUUCGUUCUCCUACGAUAUUACCUACCAUCAGUCUUGAAUCUUUCUGCAUUAUGGCGUGUCUCUCUCUCUCUCUCUCUCUCUCUCUCAUAUGAAGUUUCUUUCGACCUUUCUUUUUUUUUACAUUUUUCUUCACAUUUUGGCAUUUCCUUUUAUAUCUAUCUAUCUAUCUAUCUAUCUAUCUAUCUAUCUAUCUAUCUAUCUAUCUAUCUAUCUAUCUAUCUAUCACUUUGUUCAUUUCUAUCUAACACUUUGUUCAGUCCUAUCUAUCUGCCUAUCUAUCACUUUUUCUAUCUAUCUAUCUAUCACUUUGUUCAGAUCUAUUAUUAUAUCUGUCUUUCAGUUUUUUCGGAUCUAUCUAUCUUUCAUUUUUUCAGAUCUAUCUAUCUAUCUAUCAGUUUGUUGCAACCCAUCUAUCUUUCAAUUUGUUCAUAUCUAUCUAUAUUUGUCUAUCUCUCUACCUGUUUUAUUCUUUUAAUAUAUAUCUCUUUCUCUAUCUAUCUAUCUAUCUAUCUAUCUAUCUAUCUAUCUAUCUAUCUAUCUAUCCCAGUUUCUCUCCUUUUCUUUCUCUCUCUAUUUCCCUACCAAUUUCUCUAUUUAUCUUUUCUGUCUGUCUUUUAA